AUGGCACAGCGUGUGGAUCCCGUUAGUGAUGCAUUUCGAUGCUAUGAGUGGCUUCCUCCUGUGAGGUGGAACAGGUGUCCACCUGUGAGGUUUCUCACAAAUGCUUAUCUGCGGGAAGAGUCUCCUAACAGUCACGUAGUUGAGCAACGUGUUGAAUGGCUAUAUGCACUUGAUGUGCAUUGCAACUCUUUCUUUCCAGCAUUCAUUUUGCUCUAUGUGGUUCAUUACUUCGUUUCUCCUCUAUUAGUCGCCCAUGGUUUUUUCCCAGUUCUGCUAUCAAAUCUGCUUUUUAUGGUGGCUAUUUCUUACUACAACUAUCUUAACUUUUUAGGAUAUGAUGUACUGCCAUUUCUGGAUAGAACAACUUUCUUCUUGUAUCCAAUUGGUCUUGUCAUCAUUCUAUCCCCUCUUUUGAUCCUGACCGGCUUCAAUCCUACAAGAUAUCUUAUGAGCAUAUACUUCAGAUCAUAACUUGACAUUGAAGUUAAUCAGUCUCCCAACUUUUUUGAUUUCACAAAAUCCAGAUGAACAGCAACUAUUCUAUCAAGCAAGACGCUUUAAUGUAUCAGCCUUUACAUUAAGCCUUUUAUUCCCCUCUUCUGAUACUAGUUCAGUUUUACUCUGUAGAGCUACAUGUCCACUAUACUAUAUUGUUUAGAGCUACAUGUCCACUAUAUAUAUAUUCUUUUGUUUUGGUAGAUUUUUGAGGUUAGUCUGUAUAAUUGAAGAUGAUUUUUAUUGGCUUAGUGAUCUCAACUGGGAAUUGUUUGCAAUA